AAGCAACCCCUUAGCCGUCCCAUUUCUGCGGAGUUAUCCUUCGCCUUCUCAAACUCCAAUGCUUUCUGCGAUCUUCAUCCGAAUCCAGACUCAAAUUUAUAUAAUAAUCUCCACCCCAAUCUGAAACUACUAUACGUACUCAAAUUCCAAACAUGGCUUCUUUCAAGAUCCCCCUAUGUAUUGUCUUCGUGCUUUUAGUAUUCUCGUCUGCCCUAGACAUGUCCAUAAUCGACUACGGCGAUCGCCACAGCGCGUCCGGAGCCUCCCGCCUCCGUUCCGACGAGGAGGUGACGAGAAUCUACGAGUCGUGGCUCGUGAAACACCGCAAGAACUACAACGCCAUUGGAGAGAAGGAGAGGCGUUUCGAGGUUUUUAAGGAUAACUUGAUCUUCAUUGACGAGCAUAACUCGGUCGAGGGCCGGAGUUACAGAGUCGGGUUGAACCGGUUCGCGGAUCUUACCAACUAUGAGUACCGGACCAUGUUUGUCCGGGGAAGGAUGGAUAGGACGACCGGUCGGGCGAACCGCGCCGCCGUCGGGAGAAACAGAUAUGCUUUCUUGGACGGCGACGAGCUGCCGGGAUCUGUGGAUUGGAGACAAAACGGCGCCGUUACCCCGGUCAAGGAUCAAGGUCACUGCGGGAGCUGCUGGGCGUUUUCAACGGUGGGUGCUGUUGAGGGAAUAAACCAGAUUGUAACAGGCGAUUUAAUCUCAUUGUCUGAGCAAGAGUUGGUUGACUGUGACAAGACUUACAACAUGGGAUGCAAUGGCGGUCUCAUGGAUUAUGCCUAUGAUUUCAUCGUCAAAAAUGGUGGCAUUGACUCUGAAGAAGACUACCCUUAUAAAGCACGUGAGGGUACAUGUGAUCCAUCUAGGGAAAGUGCACACGUUGUUUCCAUUGAUGGGUACGAGGAUGUUCCUGAAAAUGAUGAAAAAUCGCUGAUGAAGGCUGUAGCACAUCAACCUGUUAGUGUUGCAGUUGAAGCUGGUGGAAGGGCAUUCCAGUUAUAUGAAUCGGGUGUUUUUACCGGGAUAUGUGGUACAGAACUAGAUCAUGGCGUGGUUGUGGUUGGAUAUGGGACAGAAAAUGGACAUGAUUAUUGGAUAGUGAAGAAUUCAUGGGGACCAAAUUGGGGUGAACAUGGAUACAUCAGACUGGAGCGAAACUUGAACCACACUGCCACUGGCAAAUGUGGCAUAGCCAUGGAGGCAUCUUAUCCUCUCAAGAAUGGCCCCAACCCUCCUCCGAAACCUGAUCACGGUCCGCCGCCGCCCGAGCAACCUCCCGCCGUCUGUGACGGCUACUACAGCUGCACGGCCGGCAGCACGUGCUGCUGUAUAUUCAAGUACGGUAGUUACUGCUUGGGCUGGGGAUGCUGCCCGCUCGAGUCCGCCACUUGCUGUGAUGAUAACUACAGCUGCUGCCCGAAAGACUUCCCUGUGUGUGAUGUAGCCGAGGGCACUUGCCGCAUGAGUGAGGGGAGCCCGAUGAAGGUAAGAGCAUACAGGAGAAGACCUGCCAUACCAAAAUCACCGAUUUGGACAGAGAUGCUCAAGUACUUUUAAAGAGAUAUAUCACAUAAACGUUUGAUAAAAAAUGUAAAUAUAGUUUUAUUAGUUAGAUUUUCUUUAAUUUGUGCUUACAAGUUCGAUAUGAACUGAAGGCCUAUAGCUUUACUUGGAUUUAUUUUCAUUAAACUUCAAUUUAUAGUGGCAUUAUAUUAUUGACAUGCUCU